AUGGAGGUCGCGAAAGAUGUGAAAUGGCAGAAUAUUUUACCGCAUAAAGGUGUCGCAGAGGAAGUGAUGAUCCGUGAACAACGUUUGCGGUCUGAUAUAGCAAUAGGUCCGAAUGCGAGGCAUCGGCUGGUCGAUCAUAUAAGAGAACGUAACGUGAUGAUGGAGGUUAAAUUAGAGAAAGUAGCUGAAAAGAUGCUGCGGAAUACAUUGCUGAGGCUGAUUGUGGAACACAACAUUGCUGAUAACAUGUUGUCAAAGAACGACGUUCUCAUAAACUACAAAGAUAUGAACCACACGAACUCCUUUGGAAUUAUCAGAGGAGUUCAGUUUGCUUUGUUCAUCGUACAGUACUACGGUUUGGUGCUCGAUCUCCUCAUUCUCGGUCUGCGACGAGUAUCUGAGAUUGCUGGCGCGUCACAGUGUCCAAAUGAGUUUUUAACGUUCCAAGAUAUUGUUACGGAAACAGUGCAUCUCAUCCGUUUAUACUGCAGAUAUAUUGGCAGGGUGUGGAUUAUGUUUAGGUUUUCUGCCUUCGAAGCACAUGACCUGAUUCAGCGAUACCUUACUGAGCAUCCUGAUCCAAACAACGAGAACAUUGUUGGCUACAAUAACAAGAGAUGUUGGCCUAGAGAUGCUAGAAUGCGUCUAAUGAAGCACGAUGUAAAUCUGGGACGAGCUGUAUUCUGGGAUAUCAAGAAACGUUUAUCUCAUUUGGUGACCACCAUUGAGUGGGGGUAUGCUUUUGUAUCAGUGUACGGUAAAGACAACAGAAUCUGCAGAAUCUUACCUAAUUGUCGUACAAGGGCUGAGGAGAUCAGUCAUAGAGGCCGAAACUGCAGAAUGAGGUCACCAAAGAACGUACUGCACAGUGUUUCCUGA